AUGCCAGCCUUUUUCUCAACUCCUUCUUCGCUCAAAAAACGCAAGCGGCCAGAAGAAACUGGAUCAUCUAAAAGAAGAAAUUUAUCCCAAACACAGUCCCGCAGACAGAAGCCUGAAUUGAAAAAACUGACGAGAGACGAAUCAAUAUCCGGGAGUGACUAUGAGAGUGAUAAUAAUAGAGAAAAUAGACAAGCUUCUGACGAACUUAAAUCCUUAGAUGGCGAGACUUCAGGAGACGAGGAGACAGCAGCAGAGCGGAGACUGAAACUUGCCGAACGAUACUUAGAGAAUAUUCGCACGGAAGUAGAUGAAGUCGGAUUCGAUGCAGAAGAGAUUGAUCGAGAUCUAAUCGCCGAAAGAUUAGUAGAGGACGUUGCAGAAUCCAAAGGCCUCAUCUACCGGAAGAUUGCUGACACCUUGAAUUUUCAAGCAACAAACCAUAGUUGGACAAAGUGGAACAGCGAUUCUGUGACAAGUGUGGCUACAUGCUAUCCAUGGGCUUAUACAGUCACCGAAGAUCUGACUUUAAUAAAAUGGAAAAUCCAGGAUUUACCAGAGAAUCAAUGGAGCUUAAAAUCGAAAAAACGGCGGCAAAUAAAACCCAAACCUCCUCCCAAGCGUAAGCUAGAACAAGUUAUAUGUGUGAAGGGAAAAAGAUCCAAAGCAAAGGACGAAUCAUACCAGGGUCAUUCGGAUAAAAUAUUGUGUGUCGCUGCUUCCCAGGACGGAAAGUUCGUAGUAACAGGGGGAAAAGACCGAAAAAUAAUUGUCUGGGAUGCCGAAACAUUGAAAUGUCUACGUGUAUUCACCCAUCAUAGGGACUGGGUUACGGGACUGGUCUUUCGCCGCGGCACCAACCAACUUUACUCCUCUUCCAAGGAUCGAACCGUAAAGAUCUGGAGCUUAAACGAACUAGCUUAUGUGGAGACACUUUUCGGGCAUCAAGAUGAAAUAGUUGAUAUUUCUGCGUUGGCACAAGAGCGUUGCAUAAGUGUCGGUGCUAGGGAUCGCACUGCGCGUUUAUGGAAGGUAGCGGAGGAAACACAAUUAGUAUUCCGUGGUGGUGGUGGUAUCGAAAAAAAAUCAAAGUCCAAAAGUAAUAGGUUCCCUGAAGGCAGCAUAGACCGCGUAGCAAUGAUUGACGAAGAAAUGUUUGUCACGGGCUCUGACAACGGUUCCCUGAGUCUCUGGGCUACCCACAAAAAGAAACCACUCUUCACGCUUCAAACCUGUCAUGGAGUUGAGCCUUUACUGGCGCCCGAAGACGUCUCUGCCGAAAAAACUCCCACUCCGAAUACAAUUCCGGAGCCUCAGCCUAGAUGGAUUACAGCGCUCACUGCCAUUCCAUAUUCUGAUGUAGUAUUAAGUGGAAGCUGGGACGGAUCCUUACGAGUAUGGAGGGUAAGUGAUGACAAAAAAAAGUUGGAGCCUAUGGGCACGGUCUAUGGACAGCCUCCUGAUGAUUCAAGCACCUUACCUGGCCUGCUUGAAGAUAAAGCUCAUACAAAGAAAAAUGAAAAUAGCGUUAAUGAAGUGAGAGGGAUUAUCAACGAUAUAUCAGUUUUUGAACGAGGCGAACGCGGAAAGGAUGGAGUGUGUAUAAUUGCGGCUGUCGGCAAACAGAAUCGGUUGGGAAGAUGGCAAAAGAUCAGAGGAAAAAACGGAGCUAUUGUGUUUGAGGUGCCGCGUCUACAGAAAGACGAAAAACCAGGUGCAGAUGAAGAUUAA